AUGCCUCAGACACCAAGAUCUCCUUCGCGGCGAGACUCGUGGCCACCCACUCUGGUGCGCCUCGCCCCAACGACUCCAAAGGAGUAUCCUUCGCUCGACGAUAUCGACGAGGACCCGCUCACUUAUUUCUUGACGCCCGCACCGGAUCUUGAGGACGCUGACGUGGACGUCGACAUGAUGGACUUCGACGCCGGGAUCGAGGGCAACAGUCCGCGCGAGAUCGUACGCAGCGUGAGCCCGUCGACCUUGGACGGUCUAAACAAGUCUAAGGGCCGCAAUUCACCACCGGUACCUGACCUGUCCGACCUCGCCACGCCUGAUACGGACGAGGAAGAGGAAGACUACAUCCGGUUCGCACCGCACAGCUUUAUGAUUCCGUUUAGCCUGCGGGACUUCACCGUCGACGGCGUCAAAUCCAAGGCACGAUCCAAGCCUUCGGACGCACUGCUGUCGCCGUCGAUAUUACCGCCUACCCGCGGCCGGGCUCCUGUGCGACCCGGAGGGCGAGGCCGCCAGCGGAGUGUCUCAUUCCGUCACCAACGGCCGCAGCACGUCUGGCGUGAGCCCAGCCCGGACGUAUGGUCAAUCGAGGAAGAGACGGAGGAGGAGCUCAUGAGCGAGAUGGGCAGCAGCAUCGGCGCCAUAAGCGACCUCGCGGACGCGGAGGACUUGUCGGAGACUCGCAUGGACAAAGAUGUAGAGGAAGCGAAGCCAAAGAAGAAAGUUCGGUUCCUGUUGCCCGCGAUGGAGUGA